GCUUGAGCUUGACUUCAGGAACUGGGAGGUGGCGAGGACUGCUGGUGAUGCUUCUCAGGGCGCAGGCUGAUUGGCCAGGGUGUGAUUGGCCAUUCCUCUGUCAGUUCAGGAAGUAGUGCUGGUUAUUUGAGUUGUCCUCGUUAGCUACAGCUCUCCUUCCACAGGCACAGCACAACAGGCCCUUCCUGUCCCCUCUGUAAGGCAGCAAGAUGGUCCUUAACGAAGAGGAGGACGUUCCCAGUGACCUGACUGCAGAGGAGCGGCAAGAACUGGAGAACAUUCGACGGAGGAAGCGGGAGCUGCUAGCCGACAUUCAGAGGCUGAAGGAAGAGAUAGCAGAGGUCGCUAAUGAAAUUGAAAGCCUGGGAUCCACCGAGGAGAGGAAAAACAUGCAGAGGAACAAACAGGUAGCCAUGGGCAGGAAGAAAUUUAACAUGGACCCUAAAAAGGGCAUCCAGUUCUUAAUAGAGAAUGACCUACUCAAGAACACUUGUGAAGACAUUGCCCAGUUCUUGUACAAAGGGGAGGGCCUCAACAAAACAGCCAUAGGCGACUACCUGGGGGAGAGAGAUGAGUUUAACAUCCAGGUCCUGCAUGCGUUUGUGGAGCUGCAUGAGUUUACUGACCUGAACCUUGUCCAGGCCUUGAGGCAAUUCCUAUGGAGCUUCCGGCUCCCUGGAGAGGCCCAGAAGAUUGACCGGAUGAUGGAGGCCUUUGCUCAGCGGUACUGUCAGUGCAAUAAUGGGGUGUUCCAGUCCACAGACACUUGCUACGUCCUCUCCUUUGCCAUUAUAAUGUUGAACACCAGCCUGCACAACCCCAAUGUCAAAGACAAGCCCACCGUGGAGAGGUUCAUUGCCAUGAACCGGGGCAUCAAUGACGGAGGAGACCUGCCCGAGGAGCUGCUCCGGAAUCUGUAUGAGAGCAUAAAAAAUGAGCCCUUUAAUCCAGAAGAUGAUGGAAAUGACCUCACCCACACUUUCUUCAAUCCAGACCGAGAGGGCUGGCUGCUGAAGCUUGGUGGCAGGGUGAAGACCUGGAAGAGACGCUGGUUCAUCCUGACAGACAACUGCCUGUACUACUUUGAAUACACCACGGACAAGGAGCCCCGUGGGAUCAUCCCCCUGGAGAACCUGAGCAUCCGGGAGGUGGAGGACUCCAAGAAGCCGAACUGCUUUGAGCUUUAUAUCCCUGACAAUAAAGACCAAGUCAUUAAGGCCUGUAAGACUGAGGCCGACGGGCGAGUGGUGGAAGGGAACCACACUGUGUACCGGAUUUCAGCCCCCACACCCGAGGAGAAGGAGGAAUGGAUCAAGUGCAUCAAAGCAGCCAUCAGCAGGGACCCUUUCUACGAAAUGCUUGCAGCCCGGAAAAAGAAGGUCUCCUCCACGAAGAGGCACUGAGGGGUGCCGGGACCUCUGCGCCCCACCUGUCCCUAGAGACUGGCUUCUGCCUUGGUGAUGUGGUUAGCGGGGAGAGGGGCCGAUCUCGGGGGCAGGGGACUGAUGCCUGCCCCUCACGGAGAGCAGAGCUGCUGGCAGCAGAGUGCCUGGCGCGCCUUUGCCCAGAGGCCCCGCGGCCCCGCGGACAGCCGCUGUUUACCUCGAGGGCGCCGGCCAAGAGCCUUCGCUCUACGCCACCCACACCCGCGUGACACAAGAGCAAGGAGGGAAGGAAGAGAAGCCACGUACUAUAAAGAUUUAUUUUUGUUUUCUAAAGAGAAAAAGAACACCGUGCUACCCUUUGCCCCGCCUGUGGGGCCUCCCCUCACCUGCACAGGGGCUCCCGGCUGCUGGGCACCCCCCGGCGGGGCCCCGGGAGCCCCUGCCAGCGGCCCGGCAGACCCCGGGCGUCCUCAGUGGCCAGCAGGCCCCGGGACCUGCGUGCUCCUCAGGCCUCCGCCCAGGAGAGGAGCGAACGGGCCUCAGCACGGAGGCCAUUGGGCUUUAACCUAGAAAGUCAGCAUCUAAAUACCUAAUAACCAAACUGUGAGGAGGCUAUCCCACAGGUCCUGGGAUAGUCCGCCAUUUCACACCACUGUCCUUUCCUUCCCUGCGGCUCCACUCCUCGUUGUAGAGGAUGGCGCAGGGUUUACCCAAUCCCCGGGGCAUCCGCCUCCCCCGCCUCCACACCAGCCCUCACGGGACACUGCGGUGCCUCUGCGGCAGCCUCCGGAGGGCAGGGGCCUUUGCUCAGCAGGUGCCAUGCAUGGGAGCGUUGCCCUGCGCCUCCUUCCCCAGGCACGGCUGCGCGGCAGCUCUGCCCACCCGGCGCCCACCCCACCCCGUGGUGCGAAGGGAGCCACGAAGCUCGGCGUUCUCCCGCCUUCUCUCAGGGACUCUCAGGGCAGCUCCUCCACUCCGCCUGGGCGGGCAGAGCAGGUGGGGGCCGCGCUCCUGCCCGCCCUCCCUGUCCAGGCCGGCGGAGGAGCCGUGCGCCUCCAUAGGGCUGUGUGGCUUCGGCUUUGCUCCUCGGAUGCCCUGAGGUGGAUGAGCAUCUCUGGAAAUAGCUUUGCAGGGGGCGGGGCUCCUCCCACAGAUCCCACCCGGCGUGGCCUCGGGCGCUUUGGGGGCCUUGUGAAGGCGACAGUGACGGAGGGGUCCCCGCUGGAAAGCUGGGCUUCCUGGCACCGGCGCAGGCAGCGUGGGCCCAAGUGCCAGCAGCAGGGCUGGCGCCAGAGCCCCAGCGGGCCCUGCUUUGUCCCCGUCUCACAAGGAUUCCUGCACAGAGAAGCCCCUGGAUCAGUAUUAGUUUAUUUAUCAGAGGUGUAAAUAAUCCAUGUAUAGCUUUUCUCCUUUUAGAUUAUUUUGUAUUUGUUUAAAAAAGCGUUUGUCAAAAUACAAAAUAUAAAGAAAUGACUGAAAGUUGUUGACAGGGUUUUUAAAAAAAUUAAUUAUUAUUCCAAUUGUUUUAUUUGAUUGGUUUUGCCUUGUAAACUAGCGCCAAGGAACUGCAGCAAAUAAACUCCAAACCUUCCAGAA